GUUAGGGGAAGAAAGGAGGAAGCACGGGGCAGGGAAAAGGUCAGGCAUGAGCAAAACUCGUGGGUUCCUCAAUCCCCAUCCUCCCCCCACCUUCCUGAACUCUAACCACCACCACCACUACCCAACCGCCAAUGUCCUGAUAAGUCCUGCCCCCAACUCAUUGUUCAGGCCCCCAGCACCCUCUUUAUGUUCUUUGCACUCAGGAAGCCCAACGCAAUAACCACCUCUUGAAAGAAACCUUCCAAACUCCCUGCUCCCCUCCCCCAGUACCAAGGCAGGAGUCUCCUAGGAGACCGCUGGUUUGGAAACCUGUCCUUGAAGCUAAGCAGGCUCAACCGGGAGCCCUGUUCUGUCCCUGGGGCUGUCCCUUGGUUAUUGACUGCAGAUUGAUCGCGAGGUUGCCCCAAGGAGAGAGGGAAUUCCCACGGUGCCCUAUGGCCCAGAGGCCUCGCAGAUGAUCUCACAGAAAUGGGGCAGCUAUUUUUACCUGGCAUUUAAUUACAUGGUUUGGAUCCCAGAGGAGAGAUGAGAUGGUGAUCCCAGGAGCUGCGAGGGAGGGGCAUUCCGGAAACUGUGGGGAUCCUGGGAGGACAGGCGAGGGCAUGAUCCUCUAACUCAGUUCCUUGGAAGGAUGGUCGCUUUUCCCCCAACACUAGGCUGGCUCCUUAGACAGGGACUCCCCAGGCACUACAUCACUGCACUUUAUCACUAUUGGUAAUUUUCCCCCUGGCUUGGAUGGGGGCUGUAAGCACACAGCAGGUUGGACCUGUGUCCCCAGGGGCAAUGACAAGGCCCCCAGGUCUGAUGGGCUGGGCCCAAGCCACACAGUUUAGCCAUCCAGAGCUGUGAAGGACAGAGGGGCCUGGGAAUAAGAGGAUGAAGCUGGGGUGAGGAGACAGCUGGGAUUCCUGGAUUGGGGAUUCAAAAUCGGAUUUGAAUGGGAAUUCUGGGGGAAGCCAGAUUCCAGAACGUGGGAAUGUAAAAGUAGAAGCGUGCAGGCCAUUGUGAUGGAAAGAAGCAAGGUCUUCAAUGUCAGUACAAAAACUUGGUCCCUUUAGCCAGGCAUGGUAGCUCUUGCCCGUAGUCUGAGCUACUCGGAAGGCUGAGGCGGGAGGAUCGCUUGAGCCCAGGAGUUGGAGGCUGCAGUGAACUAUGACCUCGCCACUGCACUCCAGCCUGGGAGACACUGCAAGACUCUGUCUCAAAAAAAAAAAAAAAACAAAACCUUGGUUCUUAUCCACAGCUUUGCUUUCCAAGGCUUCAGAUACCCGUGGUCAACAGAGGUCUGAAAAUAUUAAAUAGAAAAUCCCAGAAGUAAACAUACAAAUAAAAAUGUAAAUUGCAGGCCAUUCUGAGUAGCAGGAUGAAGUCCCAAACCGUCCCGCUGUUCUGCCUGGGAUGUGAAUUAUCCCUUUGUCCGGCAUAUACGCACUCUAGAUAUGACCCGCUCGCCACUUAGGAGCUGUCUGGGUUAUUAGAUCCAAAAAAACAUAGUGGACCAGGUGCAAGUGGCUCAUGCCUGUAAUUUCAGCACUUUGGGAGGCCAAGGCCAGAGGAUUGCUUGAACCCAGGAGUUCAAGACCAGCCUCAUCAAUAGAGUGAGAUCCCGUCUCACACACACACACACACACACACAAAUACAGUGUACAGAGGUUCAGUAUUAGCCAGUCUCAAGCAUCUGCUAGGGUUCUUGGGACAUAUACCCCUUGAACAAGAGGGAACUACUAUAUUUGAUCCACACUAGGAGGAGACCCCUCAAGUCCUGGAGUCACUGCAGACCUGGGUGAGAACCCUGGACCUGUCUGGUCACUAACAAGCUGUUUGUCCUCAGGCCCCAUGUGAGGGCUUAGGCGGUGACAGCUGUGACAUGCCUGGUGUGCCGAACUCAUUCAUUUGUUCCUUCAGUCAGUGUUUCCCAAGCGCCUGCCAUAUGCCCAGCACUGAAGACACAGCCAUUUCUAGGACUGGCAAAAUCCCUGCCUUAUGAAACUGGCAUUCUCGGGGGAAGGGGGUGGAGGGGGACACACAACCAAGCAACUAAAUAUAUGAUCUGUCAGCCGGCAAUAAGGAUAAUGGUGAAAAUAGGCAGAGUGCAUGGAACGCAUCAGAGGGAGUAUUGUCAUCAGAGGGAUUUGUCAUUCUCAAGAGUGGUCAGGGAAGGCUAUCCGCCAAGCCAUUGGUUGAGCAGAAACCCGAAGAAGGUGAGGGAAUGUGGAGGAAAGAGCAUUCCAGGCAUGUGCAAAGGUCCUGAGGUAGAAAUUUGGCUGCUAUGCUUCUGGGAGGGCAAGGAGGCAGGUGCAGCCAGGGAAGAGUAGCAGGAGGUAUAUCCAGAGGGGUAAACAGAAGCAGAUCAUGUCAGACCCUAAGGGCUGUGGAUAGGGUUUCGGCUUUUACUCUGACUGUAAUAGGAACCACUGCAGGAUUUUGUGCAGAGGAGGGACGUGAUCUCUCUUGUGUUUUGGUUUUGGGUUUUUGUUUUUGUUUUGUUUUGUUUUGUUUUUGAGUCAGAGUCUCUAUCACCAAGCUGAAGUGCAGUGUCACGAUCAUAGCUCACUGCAGCCUCCAAAUCCUGGGCUCAAGCGAUUCUGCCACCUCAGUCUCCUUAGUAUCUAGGACUGUAGGCAUGCCACCACAUCCAGAUUGGUUUUUGUUGUUGUUGUUUUUGAGACAGAGUCUUGCUCUGUUGCCCAAGCUGAAGUACAGUGGUGCCAUCACAGCUCACUGUAGCCUCAACCUCCCAGGCUAAGGUAAUCCUCCUGAGUAGCUAGGACUAUAGGCAUGUCACCACAUUCAGAUCAACUUUUUUUGUUUAUUUUUUGGGACAGGUUCUCGCUCUGUCCCCAGGCUGGAGUACCGUGGCCCCAUCACAACUCACUGUAGCCUCAACCUUCCAGGCUCAGGUGAUCCUCCUGAGCAGCUGAAACUACAGCCGCAGGUGGCUGCGAUGGGACGGAAGCCAUGAAUGGUGCCGGCCCUGGCCCCGCCGCAGCCGCCCCGGUCCCGGUCCCGGUCCCGGACUGGCGGCAGUUCUGCGAGCUGCAUGCGCAGGCGGCCGCCGUGGACUUUGCGCACAAGUUCUGCCGUUUCCUGCGGGACAACCCAGCUUAUGACACGCCCGACGCCGGAGCCUCCUUCUCCCGCCACUUCGCCGCCAACUUCCUGGACGUCUUCGGCGAGGAGGUGCGCCGCGUGCUGGUGGCUGGGCCGACUCGGGGCGCGGCCGUGCGCGCGGAGGACAUGGAGCCGGAGCCCGCGGACACCUCUGCACUCAAGGCGGCGCCCUACGGCCACUCGCGGAGCUCGGAGGACGUGUCCACGCACGCGGCCACCAAGGCCCGCGUUCGCAAGGGCUUCUCGCUGCGCAACAUGAGCCUGUGCGUGGUGGACGGCGUGCGCGACAUGUGGCACCGGCGCGCCUCGCCCGAGCCCGACGCGGGAGCUGCCCCGCGCACCGCCGAGCCCUCCGCCGAGCCCCGCGACAAGUGGACGCGGCGCCUGAGGCUGUCGCGGACGCUGGCUGCCAAGGUGGAGCUGGUGGACAUUCAGCGCGAGGGGGCGCUGCGCUUCAUGGUGGCCGACGACGCGGCUGCGGGCUCCGGGGGCUCGGCUCAGUGGCAGAAGUGCCGCCUGCUUCUGCGCAGGGCCGUGGCCGAGGAACGCUUCCGCCUGGAGUUCUUCGUGCCGCCCAAGGCCUCCAGGCCCAAGGUCAGCAUCCCACUGUCAGCCAUCAUUGAGGUCCGCACCACCAUGCCCCUGGAAAUGCCAGAGAAGGAUAACACAUUCGUGCUCAAGGUAGAGAAUGGAGCCGAAUACAUCUUGGAGACCAUCGACUCUCUGCAGAAGCACUCGUGGGUAGCUGACAUCCAGGGCUGCGUGGACCCCGGUGACAGUGAGGAAGACACCGAGCUCUCCUGUACCCGAGGCGGCUGUCUGGCCAGCCGUGUGGCCUCCUGCAGCUGUGAGCUCCUGACUGAUGCAGUCGACCUGCCCCGCCCCCCAGAGACGACAGCCGUGGGUGCAGUGGUGACAGCCCCCCACAGCCGAGGUCGAGAUGCCGUCAGAGAGUCCCUGAUCCACGUCCCGCUAGAGACCUUUCUGCAGACCCUGGAAUCCCCGGGCGGCAGCGGCAGUGACAGCAAUAACACAGGGGAACAGGGUGCAGAGACGGAUCCCGAGGCUGAACCCGAGCUGGAGCUAUCCGACUACCCAUGGUUUCACGGGACACUGUCCCGGGUCAAGGCUGCUCAACUGGUUCUGGCAGGGGGACCCCGGAACCAUGGCCUCUUCGUGAUCCGCCAAAGUGAGACUCGGCCUGGGGAGUACGUGCUGACCUUCAACUUCCAGGGCAAGGCCAAGCACCUGCGCCUGUCCCUGAACGGCCACGGCCAGUGUCACGUACAGCACCUGUGGUUCCAGUCUGUGCUUGACAUGCUCCGCCACUUCCACACACACCCCAUCCCACUGGAGUCAGGGGGCUCGGCCGACAUCACCCUUCGCAGCUAUGUGCGGGCCCAGGGCCCCCCACCAGAGCCGGGCCCCACGCCCCCUGCCGCGCCCGCGCCCCCGGCCUGCUGGAGCGACCCGCCCGGCCAGCACUACUUCUCCAGCCUCGCCGCCGCCUGCCCGCCUGCCUCGCCCUCCGACGCCGCCGGCGCCUCCUCGUCUUCCGCCUCGUCGUCCUCUGCCGCGUCGGGGCCCGCCCCCCCGCGCCCCGUCGAGGGCCAGCUCAGCGCGCGGAGCCGCAGCAACAGCGCCGAGCGCCUGCUGGAGGCCGUGGCAGCCACCGCCGCCGAGGAGCCCCCGGAGGCCGCGCCCGGCCGCGCGCGCGCCGUGGAGAACCAGUACUCCUUCUACUAGCCCGCGGCGCCGCCCGGGUGGGACACGCCAAGCUCUUCAGUGAAGACACGAUGUUAUUAAAAGCCUGUUUUAGGGACUGCA